AUGUUCAAGUCCAUUGCAUCAUUGGCCCUCUUGGCCUCGUCAGUAGCUGUGUCCAUUGCCGGUCCCCUGCCCGACAUUGACCCUCGCGAUCUGGCUGAGCCCAUGCCUUUGGUCGCGCGCGAAUUCGAAUUGAAUCAGCUCCAGGCACGGGAGCCCGAGGACUUUGCACUAGAGGAUCGUGAUCUUGAAGCCAGAGCCGGCAAAACCAUCAAUGCCGUUGCAACCUUUGACACUCUUGUCGCUGGUGGAAACACUCUUACCAGGGCAAUUGGCAACUAUGGUGCAUUGCAGUGGUCGGGGAUUAAUGUUGUCAAGGUUGGCACAAACAACCUGUUUGGUGUCAAUGCUUACUCCAAGCCAAACGUGGCGGUAUAUGGUGCAAUCACCAAUGUACUGAGCAACGUUCCCACCAUUAAAACUCAAUACUCGGGCUCCAAGACUGCCUCCUUUAGCAUUGACUCCUUUUACUUUGGCUGCAACGCCGGAACUGCUCUGACUCUUGUCGCGGCGCCUACCGACUGCAGACUUGCCAUUGCUGGCUACGACAAGUCCAGCAAGGUCAUUGCAUACCAAUCAUUCAUCUACAGACCAGCCGUUGCCGUCACUGCAAAUAUGAUCAAGGCUCAACUCAAUGCUCAAUUCAAAGCUCCCCUUGAUCACGUUGUGAUUCUCACGUCUUACUCGGUCGGAAUUCUGGGCGCAACCUUGAUUGAUAACUUUAACUACACGGUUACGGCAGUAUAG